CCACUACUUUUACUACAUCACUGUUUUCUCCCCUGCUCUUUUUCUCUCCUUAAAAAAAGAUUUCUUUUUUCUUUGUGGAGGAAACUGAGCCUGGGACACAGAAACAAAACAGCAAGCAAUGGCUCUCAAGCUCAAUCCUUUUGUCUCUCAAUCUCAAAAGUUACCUGCGUUUUCUCUUCCACCAAUGGCUAGCUUGAGAUCUCCUAAGGUUCGCAUGGCUUAUACCCUGAAUUCUCGCACCAAGGAGGUUGAGAGUGUCAAGAAGCCUUUUAUGCCCCCUAGGGAGGUGCAUGUACAAGUCACACAUUCUAUGCCACCCCAAAAGAUUGAAAUCUUCAAAUCUAUGGAGGAUUGGGCUGAGCAGAACAUCUUGGUUCAUCUGAAGCCAGUUGAGAAAUGUUGGCAACCACAAGAUUUUCUGCCCGAUCCUGCCUCUGAUGGAUUUGAAGAACAAGUCAGGGAACUCAGGGAGAGGGCAAAGGAGCUACCAGAUGAUUACUUUGUUGUUUUGGUUGGAGACAUGGUCACAGAAGAAGCUCUUCCAACUUAUCAAACAAUGCUGAAUACCUUGGAUGGAGUUCGUGAUGAAACAGGUGCUAGCCUUUCAUCAUGGGCAAUUUGGACAAGGGCGUGGACUGCUGAAGAGAAUAGGCAUGGUGACCUUCUUAACAAGUAUCUCUAUCUCUCUGGGCGAGUGGACAUGAGGCAAAUUGAGAAGACAAUUCAAUAUUUAAUUGGGUCAGGAAUGGAUCCACGGACAGAAAAUAGUCCCUACCUGGGGUUCAUCUACACUUCUUUCCAAGAGAGGGCAACCUUCAUCUCCCACGGGAACACUGCUAGACAUGCCAAGGAGCAUGGAGACAUGAAAUUGGCUCAGAUAUGUGGUAUAAUUGCUGCAGACGAAAAGCGUCAUGAGACUGCCUACACAAAGAUAGUGGAAAAGCUCUUCGAGAUUGAUCCUGAUGCAACUGUUCUGGCUUUUGCUGACAUGAUGAGGAAGAAAAUUGCUAUGCCUGCACACUUGAUGUAUGAUGGCAGUGAUGAUAACCUUUUUGAGCACUUUUCAGCCGUUGCACAGCGUCUUGGAGUCUACACCGCCAAGGACUAUGCUGAUAUAUUGGAAUUCUUGGUGGGCAGGUGGAAGGUGGAGAACUUGACUGGACUUUCUGCUGAGGGCAAAAAAGCUCAGGAUUAUGUUUGCGGGUUGCCUCCAAGAAUUAGAAAGCUGGAAGAAAGAGCUCAAGGGAGGGCCAAGCAAGGACCCGUCAUUCCUUUCAGUUGGAUUUUUGAUAGACAGGUGCAGCUCUGAGUGCAAAAUGCAACAGCAAUGGUUAGUUUCACUCUUCACCACAGAUACAGAAAUUGCGAAGCGCAAUUUGUCUUGCAGCUCUUUAGUUUUAGUCUGUGGGAAGGGAGUUUGUUGGGAAGUGAGUUUGGUCAAGGUGUAGUUGCAGAAACAGUUGUUUCUUGUGUGUUUGUCUUUGGGAAUGCUGAUGGGGGUAGCUGUAGUUUUGAUGUUGUGUUCUUUUCAAGUAGUCUGCUGUGUCUGUGUUUGUCCUGAGUGUAAGCAAAUAAUCCUUUCUUGGCAAUUUUGACGAUGAUGAUGACAAUCUUCAUGGGUGCAA